AUGGAGCCGGUGUCCCGGAAGCGCAAGAGCGCCCCGGUGUGCUCCGCCACCAGGUCCCUCCAAGAUUUGGCCUCCCGCAAGCGCGCUUACCGGGGCUCCGAGCCGCAGCAAUCCCACUGCACCGAUGCCCCCGUCCCAGCCGUGGUGAUGACGGCCCCCGCGGCGAGCGGCGCAUCGGCGUCAGCGAGGGUCCUCUCGGGGCGCGAGCUCAAGCGGAAGGUGGGCUGCAUCGACAACGCCAUGCGGAUCGGGCGGCGGAAGCGGCUGGAGAGCGAGUACGACCUCGGCGAUGAGAUCGGGCACGGCAAGUUCGGGUCCGUCCGCGUCUGCCGCCCCAAGGCCGGGACCCGGGGCGAGGAGGAGUUCGCCUGCAAGGCCCUGCCAAAGAACGGCGGUGACACGACCCACCGCGAGGUGGAGAUCAUGCAUCACCUCUCGGGCCACCCGGGCGUCGUCACGCUCAGCGUCUUUGAAGACACCGGGCUCCUCGAUGAGGUGGUCAGGGAGGGUAAACUCUCAGAGCGCCGCGCCGCCAAUGUGAUCAAGGAGCUCAUGGUGGUCCUCAAGUACUGCCACGAGAUGGGCAUCGUGCAUAGGGACGUCAAGCCGGAGAAUGUUCUGCUCACCAGGUCUAGAAGGUUGAAGCUUGCAGAUUUUGGAUUGGCCGUGCGAGUUGCUGAUGGUAAGUAUCUUGAAAGAUUGCGACCUAUAUGUUUGUCACUUCACGUGCGUCAUCUAUAUGGGUACUGAGUAGUCGAUAUGAUUCUGUUCUAGUAUUAUAGUCCUUCAAAAUGCUGCCAGGUAAGUAGAUCACAAUGGCGGAGAACGAGAAUACUCAAUAGGAAGAUUACAUCAAAUCCUUAUGGUGUUGUAUUGGUUACUCUCUUGUCAUAGUGCUCGAAUUUUGCAUUAGGAAGAAUG